GUUCAACCUUUAUUUACAUUUGUAAUUUGUUGUUCUCUCUCUUUCGGCUCUUUGGAAAACAUGAUUUUUUAAGACCACAUUCACAGACGUCGCAUAACUGAUCCAAUAAAAUAUAAAUUGGAGCAUAUAAAACGGAUUCUGUGACAAAACAAUGAUUUCCAAUGAGUUGGAAUGCGACAAGUUAAAUAAAUUUAAUAAUAUUUUACAUCGUUCGUCGCUGAGGGGACUAAAGAAAUGUGGUUCGUGUGGUUCUAUUAGUGGUCAGCGAGCGCUUAUAUGUCGUAAUACAGAGUGUGAUUUGCGCAAAUGUAUGUUGGCUUCCAUCAAACCGUUUGAUCCAAUUCAGCUGGUCACACACAACGAUGUCCGACUCUUCUCGGUGAGGACUAAAGAGAAGAUAGUUAACGUGCGAAACUUCGUGGCUAUCAGUCAGUCGCCCUCAACUGGUAUAUUUUCACGGAAGGCUACCUGUUAUGUGGAUGGCUGUAAGAAUGAGGCCCCAACUGAUUUCCACUGCCAGCAUAUCAAGGCCAUUUAUUCGGUCGAUACUGAUUUCCAAUUGGCUGAGGUAUAUCAAUUGGACAAGAAUGUUUUGUGGAAUUUAAACGUUAGUGAAGAGCAAAAAACUAAGCUAUGGGACUCGUAUUGCCGCGGAGAAAAUGAAGAAAACAUACCACCAAUACAACGCUUAAACGGUCAAACUUUUGCCGUUACAUCUUUGAAUUCAAACAAUUUUCUAGCGGGACGCUUACAUGUGACAGUUUGUUCCGAUGCCGUGACCAAUAAGAAAGGUUUCUACUUGUGUGCCUGUAAAAAACUUAAAAUCGUUGUUGAACCCGACAAUUCUGUUACCAUGAAAAAGGAAAUCUGUGAUCAUCUCUUGUUACUGCUUGCUGCCAUUCUCAAUCGGCCAGACAAGUCUAUGUAUAGUGCCUUUCUUGAUGCCCUGCAACACCUAUGGAUGCCAACCACAUUGAACCCACCGGUUGACUCAAGUUCUUCUCCGCUUACUGAUUUCGACAUGCCCAUGAUUGAUUGUGACGAUAAAAAUGAGGUCAAUCCAAUUGGAAAAUCCAACAACAGCAACACGGAAGACUUUUUUAAUUUCAACGAAGAUCUAUUUGCCGAAAACACCAUUCCUGAUUUUUCCGACAUGCUAUCAGACAUGGAAACAGAAGCGAAAAAAACCUCAUCAUCAUGUAUGCAACAACAAUACCUGCCAAUAGUCUCCACAUCAGAUCCUCACUUCAAUUCCAACAAUAGUGUUGAAGAUUUCGAUAUAAAUUUCCCUCACAUUAAACAAAACAGAAUUGCUGAUUCGGUAACAAGUCCCUCCAACAUUUCACCAAAUUCCAACUUCAAUGUUGUCGAACAAUUUCAAUUGAGCAAUGACAUUCAACUAUCAUGUGAUAAUAUAGUUUUAGCCCAGGAAAUUGAAAGUCUAAACAAUAUUGAAUCGCAAGCCCAAGAAUCAUGUUUAGACACAACCCAGUUGAAUGGCAUUGAACAAAUCAAAAAAGAACCCAACACCCCAACGGUCAAUGAUUUACAAAAGGCCACCACAAAUUUUGUAGCAAAUACCUCAAAUUCGGUAAUCAUCAAACCAAAGUGUAAACCAGUUUUUCUCAACAAAUCCGUCAUCGUUAAACAGAGUCCCGUUAAAAUCAUUAAAAUCACAAAACCCGGUGUUAUACAAAAACUGCCAACAAUUGAUAAGAAAUUUGUACAAAUCUCCAAAAUAGAUUCUAGCAAAAUAAUAGUACUUAAUACAAAAAGUUCACAAAAACCAAUCAAUAUUCAACCCAUAAGUAAUGUAACUGUCACAUCGACAGUACCAUCACCGCCUCUAAUGGAUGCAUCACAGCCAUCGAGUAUGGCACCAGCAUUGUCUUAUGAAUCGUGGUUGGACCAUAUAAUAGAAAUAUUAAAUGACAGUAUUAUAUUACAAGACUCCAAUAAUAUUAAGCAUACAUUCCAUGUUCACGAGGAUAUGUUCUCACAUUUCAGUAAAACUUUUGGUUUCAAUAACAAACCCAGACUGCCCAGUUUUACUCAAGUAUUAACCAGCGGCAAACAUAAAGGUCUCAUUAAAUAUGGAUGGUAUUUCAAUCAAGCAGCGGCCGUUAAAAGGAUAUUUUCAACCAAAAAUUCCAAAUUGGAAUUGCAACGACCAACGGAACCACUUAAAGAUGGAAAUUUUGUGCCAUUCUUUUCUAAAAUCUCUAGCCAAAUAACUGUUACCAAAUGUCGUCCAAAAGAGCCGGAGCAAAGAGUUUUUCUCAAGUUCUCGAAUGCCCCUGAAACUGCUUCGGAUACAUAUGAGAAUGACAAAUCCGGUUUAAAACUAGAAUGGCUUCCUUCCGCCUUUCCCAGAAGUCAUUUUGGCCUUAUGACCAUUGAGUUUUGUGUUUACACAUACAGCAAAAAUGGUUCUAUAUACGGUAACCUCUGAAAUUUGUGCAAUAAAGUUUUUUUCUUGUUUUAUUAGAAUGCCUAUGUGUUUUCUUUAAGCAUUUACAACAAUACAAAUAAAACAAGUGCCAGUAUAA